AUGACAGACACAAAGGGUGGCUUUCUCAGCGUAGAGGACGACCCUUGGAACAAAAGCAUGUCAACAGGCACCAGCGCCAACUCUUCAACAGCCGAACAGAAGCCAGCACAUAUAUCGGCUACUGAGUGGGAGCGGCUUCAAGUGCGGAAAAAGUUGGAAAAGAACAAGGCUGGCCCGUUUGAACCUGGACUGAGCGUCCUGGCCGACCCAACGACACGGAAAAGGUGUCGAGAAUGCGGUAGUGUCGAGAUCGAUUUUGUCUGGGAAGAAGUGUUCCGCUGUGCCGUCUGCAAUCCAUGCAAGGAAAAGUAUCCGGAGAAGUACAGUUUGCUCACCAAGACAGAGUGCAAGGAGGAUUACCUUUUAACGGAUCCUGAACUCAAAGAUCAGGAAUUGCUCCCUCAUCUAUCCAAGCCGAACCCACAUAAGUCUCACUGGCACGACAUGAUGCUCUUUCUACGCUACCAGGUCGAGGACUACGCCUUCAAUCACAAAUGGGGUUCGGCCGAGGCGCUAGAUGCAGAGUUUGAGAGGCGAGAGGCAGAAAAGAAGAGACGCAAGGAGGCCAAGUUCAAAGAGAAGCUGCUAGAUUUGAAACGGAAAACCAGGACAGAGGCAUUCAGGCGAAACAAUGCAAUGGCUGGCGCAGGCGAAGGUGGAAGUAGGCCAGCCAAGUUUGGAGACGCAAUUGGUGGAAGAGAGAGGCACGUCCAUGAAUGGGGCCGGGCGGUAGAGAACGAAGAUGGCAUGACAGUGAAGAAGUGCGUGAGCUGCGGCAUGGAGGUUGAAGAGCUCGAGCUAUGA